AUGAAAGCACUGUGCGAGUUGCGGGUCAUCCAGAAUGAGAUCGGCGUCAUGUGCUUUAGUCGCUCCAAAGAGUCUAGGAAGAUGCCUUGGGGUGCAGCUCUACAUAUUCAGGCAAAGUUGGAAGCCUGUUGCGAGUACUAUGCGGCUCUUGUAACCUUGUUCCGGUCGCAGAUCUCGUCUGGGGAUGAUGGCGACCAGCUGUUGACGCAGCAUCAACGCAACGCAGCUGAGCGAAUCGUUACCCAAGCAAGCGUUCAACUCGAGAGUAUUUUGCGCUUAUACUACCUCCGCCAUAGUUUCGAGGCGUACGACUCUACGCUUACCAUCUUUCUGGCCCAGCUCGCCAACCUAACUCUGGAGCCUCUUGAACAGCUCGAACGAGACCCAGGCAACGCUCCCCAGGAAGUCAGCGAAUCCCUUCUCUCGACACUCGUCUUAUGCUUUAAUGGCCUAUACGAGCAAUCGAAAAGCGCCUUCAUCGCCGGUGUCAUGCUCAUGGUCAUGAAGAAAAGAUUGAGUGCCGACGUUCGCAACGCUGUCGGGCGCUAUGUCACGAUCGAAGAGACGGAUAGUGAUAAUGAUCCAAUGGACGAAACGGACCUAGAGUUUUCACAUCCAAUUCUUUCGGAGCUCAUACUGCCGGGUACAAGCCUCAGCGACGAUCCAAAGUCGUGGAGAUUGAAGAAUUUGGUGGAUGAUCCUAGGAGGUAUUCGGGGUAG